AAAAAUACUUCCCUACUGAAGCCAGGAUGAAUAAGGACCAGUUGAAAGAACUCCUGGACGGCUUAACCACUUCUUUUGCUCAGACCCAAGAAAAAGGUUACCAAAAGAAGCUGAAGGAGGAACUGGGUAACCUAUCCCAAAAAAUCGAGCAAAUUGCAUUAAAUUAUGCUACCCUUAAUGAACAGCAUACCAAAGAGUCGCGUGGACGGACGAUCGAGGUGCCCAUCUCCCACACUGGUACGGAAAGCCUAAAAGAACCUCAGAAGGAUGAUUGGGAGAAAGGUAGUGGCGAUACUUUCGAUGAGUUUACUUAUGAGGACGAAGAAUUAGAUGAGAUCGAUGGAUAUUAUACUGUGGAAUCUUCUGACGACGAAAUCGACCUUUAUAGUAACCCGUGGAAGGACGAGGUCAGCCCAACAAUAUAUUUGACGAUAGUGAAAGAGGUACCCAUCCAAAAGAACAAGGAAGAAACCAAACCUACUUUGAAAGAACAGUUAGAAAAAUUCGUACAAACAGACACAUUGAAUAGCAGAGAAAAGGAAGAGGCUCGCACUUUCUUUAAGAAAGAAGGCUGUUUACUUACCAUCAGCCUUGACAAAUUAGGGACAACCAGCCUGGUAACCCACCAUAUAGAUACCGGCGACGCCAAGCCUAUCAAGCAACAUUUCUAUAGGACGUCACCCGACGAGCAAGAGUUCUUGGAUGAGGAGUUGGAGUCAUUGGAAAGACAGGGAUUAGGUGCAGUGUUACACCGGGCUGGUAAGAUGCACAAUGACACCGAUGCACUUUCACGACAGCACGAUCCUCAGGAAGUCGGUAGUAAUAGGGUGGAAGCAGAUGUUAGUACGCAGAAAUGCAGGAAAUGGUUACUCUCACUAGCGGAAUGUGAUGCUGAGGAAUGUUAUCGAAGACGUAGAUUAACUGCUCACAAUGACUAUGAUGAAUGGGACGAUAGUGAAUGUAUUGACAACGAAACAGAGGCAUGGUGGGAUCUCAACGAAGAGUUCGAAACAUACCUGAUGGUGGAAGAAGCUCCCGACAAAGAAGAAAAAGAUAUAAAGUUAGAAGAAUACGUAGAUUCGAGAGGUAAUCCAUCAGAACGUGCAGCCUCUGUUAAUGGGCAUGAACUUGGGAGCCACGGCGCUACCCCGAUGGAGUUCCAAAAGUUGACAAUGGGAAUCGAUUUAGGAUACACUGAGCCUUUGGAUGAAGGUGCAAUCAAUGCCGAUAGGGAGAUACAAUUAAGGAGAAAUGACAGACCUAUAAUAGUAAAACCACUCAAGCUCAAUAGCGAGCCCUCGAGGCUCAACUAG